CUUGUUUGGGAGAAAAAUGAGUGUCAAGUUGUGAUCAUGGUGCUUAACAUUUAAAGAGAAGUCGGUGUGAAUAGGUGAACUGAAGUGGCCUCUGAAAGAUUCUAUACAAUAACUUGGAUAAAACGGUGUAGAUGUUAAGGACUAGGUAAUGUGGCGGAUUGAUAUGUGUAACCACACGCCAUGUCCAUAUGUGGCAGUGCAGGAAACUUUCCUCUGUAAACUUUAGUGACUGUGACUGCUGUUUAUGUAUGCAUUACUAUUCACUGUUAUUCAUGAAUAAUUUCUUUAAUAUAAUUUCCUGUUUUGGUUCGUGCUUUUGUGUUGGAAGCUCGUUGUGCGGUCGUGCGUAUAUAAAACACGGUGUUCAGUCAGUCUAGUUUAUGCUAACUGAUGAGUUAGCUCUGCUCGGUGGCCUGAACUCUAGCGCUCUGACUGGGGAGAGGAGAAAUAUCGGAUUAUCCUAUCCGGGAUUCCGGCUGUAAGCCUUGCUUAUAUUAUUCUUCGUAUUGUAUAUAUUAUUGUGGUGUUGGCGGGGAAAUGACUCGGAACAAGUAAUGGACCGAACAGCUCAGGACUGAAAGUCUGCUCAUCUCCAGCUCUCCAGCGGGAAUUAGCUGAGGGAUAUCCGCGUUAAAGCUGCAUGACAGCGGGGAGAUGGAGCACCUGCCUCCCGGGAGUAAUCAGCUCUGUGUGAGCGGCUCGGACGCAGACUCGGACACGGCGGAGGAGGAGGAGGCGGCGGGCUGCGUGGAGAGGAGCGCCGAGCAGCGGCGGAGAGCAGAGCGGGACACCGGCGCCUCAGCCCCGGCCAUAGCUCGCGCCUUGACCAGCGGAGUAGCGGGGGCCAAGCCAGGCAAAAAGACCCGCGGCAGAGUCAAAAUUAAAAUGGAGUUCAUUGACAACAAACUGAGACGGUAUACCACUUUCAGCAAAAGAAAGACCGGCAUCAUGAAGAAGGCAUAUGAGCUGUCCACCCUCACCGGGACUCAGGUGCUGUUGUUGGUGGCGAGUGAGACGGGUCACGUUUACACAUUUGCAACACGGAAGCUACAGCCAAUGAUCACGAGUGAGACAGGCAAGGCGCUGAUCCAGACGUGUUUAAACUCGCCUGACUCUCCACGCUCUGACUCAGCCGCUGAUCAGAGGAUGAGCGCUACGGGCUUCGAAGAGACUGACAUCACCUAUCAGGUCACCGAGAGUGAUGGCAGCACAGAGGAGAAGGAAGUGAUCAAGUCUGCAGGAAUGAGUAUGACCAGCAGCAGUGCAGAGGCUCCGUCCUCUUCCUCUGCUCAGCCAGAGAGCAGUGGCCCCCCUCUCCCUGCUGCCACCUGCUGGUCGGUGUCUAACGGUACGCUGGUGAAGACGUCUACCUCUGCAACCGGAGUAGUGCAGCUCCCCCCUGGAUUCACACUCAUGCCUGGUGCAGCAAUGUCUCAGCAGCUUCAAUCGACUGAGAGCAGUGAAGUGCAGAAUUUCAGCAACACGGCUGGAAGUCACUCUGCAGUGUUGGCGUCCUCGAUAGCGGGACAUGUGAUCUGCCCGAGCGCAGUGAUGUAUGCUAACUCAGCCUCCACGUUAACGGAUAAUGCACACACACUUGCACAUGAUACACUUCCUCAGAUGUUCCUCACAUCUCCUAAUGGAACGGUUCAGAUUCCUGUCUCUGCUGUUCCACUGCAUUCGAUGUUGAUAAAUCAGCAGAACUCCAGCAGCACGCACACACUGACAGAGUUACGUGGGGUCAACAUGGACAGUUCUAAAACAGAGUGAUGCAUACUUUAAGUGUGUGUAACAGAUGAGUGUAUGUUCAACGCAGCACAGUAUUUUUUUUUUUUCUUCUGGCUUUGACUGGCAAAUUGAUUCCUACUUUUACUGUUUUUUCAGUUCUGUUACACACACACACACACACACACACACACACACACACACACACAAACUUGCACACUGCACAUCACGCACCUGUUCUUAAAUAAACCUCAGACCGAUCUCCAGACAGUUUAAUGAGGAGCACGUUACCUUUUCCAGUCCCCUCUCUCUGUCUUUGUGCUUGUGUUCAGUUCAUUUCUGGCAGUUCUGUGCUCCAGAAGCUAAAAACACAAAUGUGCCAUGUCGCUACAGCAGUGUGAAAGAUGAUACACUUGAGAGAGUAGAGCAUUUUGCUGGAGAGUACCAUCACUGUCAUGACAAGUGGGUUUCUGCACACAACGACACACUGAUAUGAAAAGUCAUGCAACCUUUCUUCUGUGGUCGGAUGACCUGUUGGUCAAAUUCCCCUUAGGCACGAAGUUUCAUCAGGCUGACAGUGCGGAAUUUUACACUGACCCCAAACUCACACCAGCUCCAUCACCACAGUGAUGCAUAAGAGCUGUGUGUACACUCUGCACCAUACGUAUUUGUACAUGCUAUGACAAUUGACAGCACACUUCUUUCUUAUCAAAACUUCUAACGCUUUAAUGAACAAGUGUGUGAACCAAAACUGCAGGUCGGCUGAAGUCAGCAGUAAAUAAAAUACAGCCCAAUAAAACCAUGAUGUGAGACAGAGAACAGAACAGCAUGCAGAGAUUUAUUUAUCCAUCAGUGUCAUUACUGUAAACUUUACACCAUAGACUGUACAAUCUACACUUUAAUUGUACGCGCUACACUUUGCACUCUACAUUGUAAACCCUAUCUUUACUUUCUACACUUUACACUUUACACACUGCAGUGCAGUUAUGACUGUGGUGUAGAGUUUUAAUACAGUUAACAUGCUGUAGAAAGUGGAAGUUUGAUUGCAUUGUUAGUUUCCACUUCAUUUAUGGGUGUGAGUGGAGAACAGUCGAAGCAGGAUGUGUUUUGUGUGUGUUUAAUUGAGGUGUGAAAUUGAAACUCGUGUUAAAAUGAAAGCGAAUCUGUUUUGUGAGGCUUGUUUCAUGCAGUGUGGAUCAGCUUGUACUGCAAACCAAAAUGUGGAAUGUUUAAGGGUUAAAACAAAAAUGAUGCUUUGAGGCAGUAUAGAAAAACCUUACAAGCCAUUUUAGUCUUCAUUUAGGAAUGUUAAUAUUAAGUAUUUUUAAUUUAAUCAAUAAAAUGACCACAACAUGAUCAUUUAACUAACAGGCUGAGCAGCUGUUGGUGCUUGUUGUUGGUUAGCAUUUUUUUGUUCAUGUGGACUGUAAAUGAGCUCAGGAACAUUUUUCAGGUCUGAUACUUAACGCUCUAUAUUCUGCACUAUUCUGGCUUUGAUUUGUAAAAUAAAUUGUUGCAUUGUGUGAUGUGCAGAUGCUGUUCAUAUACCGUGUGUUACAUGCUGUGUUUAGCUGGGGUGCAGUGUUAGUACCACUCAGAAACAACAGCAUGUUUGGCAGUUGUUUAAAACAUCAUCACUUGCAGAUAUAUUUUCUCAAAAAACAUGAACAUUGCUUAAUCGGCUCAUCUUGUCAUCUGCUGUUUUCAUUCCUACAGCACAUUUAAUACAUUUCUGAAUAACAUGGAAACCCAGGUGGUGGAGCUGUGUGUGUGUGUGAGAGAGAGCAGACAUGAACAGGAUGUGGAAGGUUUACACAGUUAAACCCUGUUUUAUACCAAGAAUGAGUUUUUAAAAAGAUUUUUAUAAUACAAUUUUAGUAUAAUUUUUCCACUCUGUGAAAUAUUUUCAUUAUUGUGCUUAAUUUUACACACUGCUCAAACUUUCCUACUUUUAGUGAAAUUGUAUUUUUUAUAUCUUCAUUUAGGAAGAGGAUAAUUCAACAUUGUGGUCUCUGCAGAAAUGUUUUUAUAAUUAAAAUGACUUUAGUGCCA